UCUUGUUUUUUGACAACGGAAGAAAGAAAAAUCAUGGAAUAAAAAAAUCGUGAAGGCUGGUAAAAAAAAUAAAAUAAAAUCGUGAACUCAGAAAUCCCAACGAAAUCGAAAUUGAAACCCUAAACCAAACGAUUUUUGAUUCCUAAUUCGAUUCGAUCAAUCAAACACUGCAAUUCCAUCGAAUUGCGAUUCGUUCCAAUUCCAUGACGACGCCACCUUCUUCAUCAUCUUCUCAAUCGCAAUUCGUAUAUUCCAACGCCCCUUACUUCCCUGUUCCCUUUCAUCUUCAACAACCCGCAACCACCACUCACUACGCCGCACCGUACGUUGCCACCCCUGCCGUUCAACUUCCUCCGCCACCAGUCGUCGGUCCCGUUCCACCUCCGGCUGCUUACUCCGUUCCGCAAUAUCAGGCACAGCAACUAUUUGAGAGGGAUGCACAGAUAAUUACGCCGGAGGCUCUCGAGAAUGUGAAGGCUGCGAUUGCGAGUAGCGACGUUGAGCAUAAAGCUGAGACGAAAAAGAAAGCGGUUCCUCGUAAAGCUGCUGGUCAAUCUUGGGAGGAUCCUAUACUUGCAGAGUGGCCUGAAGAUGAUUAUCGACUCUUCUGUGGUGAUCUUGGUAAUGAAGUCAAUGACGAUGUUCUUUCAAAAGCAUUCACAAGAUUCCCUUCUUUUAACAUGGCACGAAUUUUUGUUUGAAGGGACAGAGUUGUUAAUGAUUUGUGUAUCUUAAGGGCUUCCUUCAUCAUUGCUCAUUGUUCACUAAUCAGGGGCACUUGAAAUUAUUAAAUGGUGACAUAGUUUAACAUGAUUGAAUUUAAAUGCUUAAUUUGUUUUAAAUUAGUGUUGUGUCCAUUGUUUAUUUUGUUUUAUUUAAUUGAUAUUUGUUUGAUGCAUUGUUCACUACACAUGUAGUAUAAGAAUAAGAACAUAAAUUACAUAGGAAAAAAAAAUCAUUCUUGUUCAAUAUAUACAUAGGAAAAGAAUCAGUCAAGUUUAAUAUACAAAUCGUGUUUUUGGUGCUCAAUACAUGCAUAUAAGGCCAUAUUUCCUUUUUCUUGCAUAGUUUCAUGUGUACAUUUCAACUUCUGCGAAUGAUACCUGCAAGAAACAUUAAUUAAGAUAUAAAGCCAAAUUUCCAUCAAAGAGAAAUGCAUAUAUUCAUAAUCUAGUUGCAGAAAUAAAACAUAUAGAAUAAACAUUACCAUAAAUCCCACCAAACAUAGAAUCAUAUAGAGACAAAAUAAGAUACAUCGAGAACUCUUCUCGUCCAUAGCAAAAGUAAACCAUGAAAAUAAGCAUCAACUUAGUUCCUGUAAAAUUAAUUUAAAGAGAAUGAGGGAUUACAAAGAUCUGAAACCAAGAUAAUAACAAAAAAAUAAAAAAUAACUAUCAAUCUUUACCCCACCGCAUCAGCAACACCAUUUUGUUUUUCAUUUGGGUUCCUUCGCCAUUUCCAAUGAGGCGUUUCAAUGAAAGAAAGCAACUCAAAGGUUGAGGAGAGGUUUUUGAAAGGGAGAGGAUAGAAAGAAAGAGGUUCCCAGAAGGGAGAGAGAUGAAGAAUUGCAAAGAUAAGAUUUAAACAUUUUGAAUUUGAACUUCCAAAGGAAGGGGUAUGGACACACAAAACAUAGA